UCCGCUUGUGGCGGAUUAGAGUGUAAUCCGAAAGAAGACGAAGAGGGGCUGGAAGACAGACGGGGCAGAUCAGUGCCGUGACGGAGCGGGCGAAACGCGCUCAGAACCGCUUAAAUAACCACAACCGAUGUUUGUGCUCCUUUAUUGCGACAGCAGUAGUUAGUGUAGAAGGAAGGGGCGGGGAAAGUACGUUAGCCGCAUUUCCCCCAUCACAGUUUUUCUUCACGUUUGCCUCCUUCGUCGGUUCUGACAGAAACUGACAGCGGCGCGCAACGGACGAGAGAGCGAGAGAGCACGAGAGCCGGCGGGGGGGGGCGGGAAAUAGCGCCAAAUUCCGUCGACGAAAACGGAUUUCCCCCCUCUCCCCUUCCCUCCCAGACUCAUUUAUUUUAUUUUUAAUUAUUAGGAGUAUUUACGCAGACGAUCCGGGCGAGGAUUGCCGUGUCCGGCGGUGCGGGAUCGCAGUUCGGGGCCGAGGCGGCGUGCAGCAGCGUGUCUCUAACUCGCGCGCUACGGGACGGGGACUCGCGGGUUACUUAACGAGCUGACAGUCGGCGGGAAAACAUCGACACUCGUCUUUCACGUGUCCGGACCGAGGGCAACAUGUCGGGGAAAGAUCACAGCAAGCAGUCCACCACCGAGCGCCUCAUCAAAGCGGUGCCGUACCCUCCUACCACGCGUCUCACCAUGAAGGAGCUGUACGAGGAUGGCAAGCCCAAGGUGGAGGUGCUGAAGAGCCAUCUGGUAAAGGAGGGCAGGCUAGAAGAGGACGCGGCCCUGCGGAUUAUCAACGAGGGGGCCAGCAUCCUGCGUCAUGAGAAGUGUAUGCUGGAGGUGGAGGCGCCCAUCACAGUGUGCGGCGAUGUCCACGGUCAGUUCUUUGACCUGAUGAAGCUAUUUGAGGUGGGCGGCUCCCCAAGCAACACACGCUACCUCUUCCUGGGGGACUAUGUGGACCGUGGCUACUUCAGCAUUGAGUGUGUGCUGUUCUUGUGGGCCCUCAAGAUCAACCAUCCGAACACCCUCUUCCUCCUCAGAGGGAACCACGAGUGCCGGCAUCUCACAGAGUACUUUACCUUCAAGCAGGAGUGUAAGAUCAAGUACUCGGAACGUGUGUAUGAUGCCUGCAUGGAUGCCUUUGACUGCCUGCCCCUCGCUGCCCUCCUCAACCAGCAGUUCCUGUGUGUGCAUGGAGGCCUUUCCCCAGAGAUCAGCUGUUUAGAUGACAUCAGGAAGUUAGAUAGGUUCAAGGAGCCGCCGGCUUUUGGACCCAUGUGUGACUUGCUGUGGUCGGACCCUGGUGAGGAUUAUGGCAGCGAGAAAUCGGCAGAGCACUUCAGCCACAACAGCGUGCGAGGAUGCUCCUAUUUCUACAGUUAUCCAGCAGUGUGUGACUUUUUGUUAAACAAUAACUUGUUGUCAGUGAUAAGAGCACACGAAGCACAGGAUGCUGGGUACCGAAUGUACAGAAAAAGCCAGACGACGGGCUUCCCGUCACUAAUCACCAUCUUCUCUGCACCAAACUACCUAGACGUCUACAACAACAAAGCUGCCGUGUUAAAGUACGAAAAUAAUGUAAUGAACAUCCGACAGUUCAACUGCUCUCCACAUCCCUACUGGCUGCCGAACUUCAUGGAUGUGUUCACCUGGUCCCUGCCUUUUGUUGGGGAGAAAGUGACCGAGAUGCUGGUGAACGUGCUGAACAUCUGCUCUGACGAUGAGCUCAUGUCUGAGGGAGACGACACAUGUGAAGGUGGCGCCCCAGCCGUGAGGAAGGAGGUGAUCCGGAACAAGAUCCGGGCCAUUGGCAAGAUGGCACGAGUGUUCUCUGUUCUCAGGGAGGAGAACGAGAGUGUACUGACCCUCAAAGGUCUGACUCCUACUGGAACACUGCCACUGGGAGUCCUGUCUGGUGGUCGACAGACCCUACAGAGCGCCACCGUAAAGGCAGAGGAAGCACGAGGCUUCAACCCACAGCACAAGAUCCAAAGCUUCGAGGAGGCACGUGGUCUGGAUCGGAUAAACGAGCGCAUGCCACCCCGCAAGGAUGGGAAGCAGCCUGAUGGCAUGGCCGCCAACUCUCUCAACGCCACCAACUCUCCAGACAAGAAUGGCACUAAUGCCCAAGCAUAGUCAUGCCAUGGCCCCCACCUGGCUGGUCUGCCCCGGCCUGCCCCUACCCUACUCUCUGCCACUUCCCCCCUUGGCCACCCCUCCCAUUUCCAUCCCACUGGUACAGGCCUCUCCCACCUACAGACUGACUGCCUUGGGACAGAUGUCCAGAUCAUCCUCCAACAUCCACCACAGGCUUCUAAUCAAAUCAAGAGCUUAUUUAUUCAAAUAUGAGACACAUAUUAUAUUCUGAAUAAAUAAAUUUGUAUAAAGUGGGGGAGCAGACAUGAUCAUAGCAAACAUUGACAAUCCUGUUUUAUAAUUUUGAGUUGAUCUCUGAGAUAGUAAUAUUAAGAUAUUUUAUUUAUCAAGAAUACUUCUGCCGAUUUCCCUCUGGUGUCACUGAGGGGAUGAUGGGAUAUGGUAAAUUUCUGUACUUAAUGUCUGCCACUGGGUUAUACAGAGGGUAACAGUUCAGCACUGACUAACUGCUGGAAAUGAGAGGAGCUUGAGGGGAGUGUGUGCACAGUUAAAAUUAUGUGCGAUAUAUUGAAAGGAACAGCACACAGAGGAAUUUGUCAGCUGCUGUGCAUCAGUGAAAGACAUAUUUAUGUAUGUUUAUUUGUGAGUUCCCUUCAAUGUGAUUUUUGUCAACCAAUGACGAAUCUGUUUUUACCGAGCAGCAGAACAGCCAGGGGGUGGGGUAGGGUUAGGGUAGGCAUUGGAGUUGAAUAGGGUUGUCACACUGUUGUCCUUGAGUUUGCUUUCUGCUUCCCAUCCUCUCAACCAUACAGAGGUGGUGCUCUUAGUGCUGCAUUUGACUAAGACAGUCCGUCAAACAGGAAGUCCCGUCGAACGGUGUCAAACCAGUGGGGCUGAUAUCACCCUUGACCGUGUCCAAAGGAGCUCUAUCAAGAGAUCCCAUUGUCAAUAACAAAUUCCUUUAGUUUUAUGUUUGUGUUUAUUUUAAUGCGUGUAGCAGGAAACAAAGCAAAAACAGCCCUAAACUUUUCCUGAAGGUGGGGGGGAUAAAGAUUUCUUUUUUUUUUUUUUUUUCCCCCCUUUUCAAAUCUCCAUGCCAAAACAAAGUGGAGUGGAGCUUCAGUGAGGGCACAAGGGUGGAGCUUAAAGGGCAUGAGAGUCCCAUCAGUUGUGGUAUCCUUCCAGUCUCUCCUGGGUCUGAGAUGCUACCAGAACACUCUGGCCUCUGGUUCAGUUUGAUGCCCACCAGCUGCCAUGACAACAGAGUUGAUGACAAUUAGGGUAAUACUGGUCCUCAGUUUCACUGUAUCAGCAGUCAUACACUCUCUUAGCCAUGGGGCCCUGUUGGGCCCAAUCUGCUUGGGUUGCUGGCUUAUUUUUGUGGACUUCCUCAUUGUCCUCUAGACUGUUGCAGUUUUAAUUUCUUAUGCUCCUCUUUUGUGUGGCAUCAAUUAAAUGUAGAAGCCACCCAGCUGAUCUCUUUUGUUCUGCCCGGAGAUUGCUUGCUUUAUGUUCUGCUCCAGAUGUGACGUCAAGACCCACUUGAAGCCCUGUCGUGGUUUGUUGGAAGAAAGUUUUUAGGGGGCAUCCCACAGUCUCCAGAGAUUGUGCUCUGUGCUUUUAUAGUCUUACAAUGCAGUUUUUAAAGCAUUUCUGAUUUCCUGUUAUUAAAGCAUCUGCCACACCUGACCCCUGUGAUGAUUAUUUGAGAGGGGUUAAAUGGCAGUGUACCUAGGAUUUGUAACUGGGGUAGUGGUGUGUGUAGACUACACAAGUUCAGCACAUCAAGGGCAUGCAUGUUUCCACUGCCAUGCUUUUCAGAUGGGGAGUGCCUCUCCCUAAGAGUAUGCACCAUACCACAUCUUGACUUGUAAACAGUUGGUUUUGUGGGCUCCUUGCUCUAAGAUCUGCUGUGUUGUGCUUCACACCUUAUCAGACAGUCUUAUUUGACAGAUCACUUUCUGACACUUUUUUUUUUUUCGUUUCACAGCAGUGAUCACUGCUGUCUGCAUGUUGGACCCAGUAGUGUGUAAGCAGUGUGUGUAAGAGGUGCGCAGAAGAAACUGCCUGUGUUCAGGGUACGGGUCCUGUUGUCCCUGCAGUCUGUUACGAUUUCAGAGAAGUUCUGCACUGAUUUCUCCACUAGAUGCUUAUUGGUUCAGAAACUGUCAUGCUAGUGUUCCAUCAAGAUUUUUUUUCCCCCCUAGCUGAAUGAAACAUCACUGCCGUAGUAUAACAGCAGCACAAGCAAGAGCUACCUUAAUCUCUGUGGUCUGUGGUGGGGAAAGGGGGUUCACAUGGCAAUCAGCAUGUAUAAAUAUAUAAAUACAUUUUUCUUUUUUAUUCUGGAUGUUUUGUCUUUGCAGGGUGUGUUCUUGCUUUGUUGAGGCCCCACUGGGUUUUCUCUUGCGGUUUAAGUUAAUAAGAUGUGCUUCAGUGUGAAAGAGGUGGGUGGCCGAGGCGUUGCCCCGGAACUCCUUUCUGACUUCUGUUAAGCAUCAAAACAUAUCUUACAGAAUGUACAGAAAUUGUUUAUUGAUUUUCUUAAUACUGUAGCUGUAAAGAAAAAAAACGAGUAUUAAACUUUUUUUUGUCCAGUACUUGUAUUGCAAGGCCUCUAAAUUUUGAUUCAUGUAGAUGUAUCACUCCAAAAAAGGAAUAUAAAAACUGAACAAAAAAGUCUUGUUGUUUGUCCAUUUAAUGUCAGGUUUGUCACUACACAACUGGAAAAUUCAGUUCUCUCUCACACAGAAAAAACACUAGCUGCAGGAGAAAUAGGUAAAAUGAGUAUCGUACUGUUAAGCAUCUUAAGCCAGAUCCACACUCAGAC